AUGGUGAAGAACUUCCCCAGAGGUCAUCGUUUCCGUACACUGUCAUUCAAUGGCCGACUGCCCCACCACGACUCCUCGUCCAGCGACACUAAAUCCCGCGAAGAUGAGAAUGAGGAAUAUAAAGACAGUGGAGAAAGUGACGAGACUUCUGAUCGGCGUUUGGACUUUGACUCCUCCGUUGUCUCCUCAAGCGCAGAAUCAAGAGAGACAGGAGAGCAGGAGACCCCUGACAUUGAAGACUCUUCCGAAUCCAUUGCUGCUUCUCCCGGAAGCAGCCCUCAUGCCAACGACCAUCAUCGAUCCGCGUCAGAGUCGGCAUCACUUUCUGGUUCCAUAGACAGCGAAGGCGAAUACUCGAGCGAACGCAAGGGCCGCUCGGUAUCCUCUGGUGCUGGCGCCGCUGAUUAUCCCCGUGACAGCUUGAAAGAAGAUGGUGAGACCUGGUCAUUUAUCGCCGAAGUCCUGGGAACCGGAAAGAGACGGGCGCAGCGACGUUUCAAGAAGCUCAUGCGGAAGCUCAAGUCUGCCGCCACCCAAUGUCGGAAAACGAAUUACCACUCGAAGAGGUCGCAGGAUGAAGAGUCUGACGUGGGUCGGCAACUGUACGUCGAGAAUCAGAUUAAGGAGAAUUUGCAUCCUCCAUAUCUGGGCAGCCACUACACAAAGCGCGAUUGCGAGGUCCUCGCGUCCAUGGACAGUAAGAUGAAGCGAGGAAAGUGGCUGGAGAUGCAAGCAAACUUCUUCAAUGCUACCGGACAGAUGCUCCCACUGAGUGUCUUCCGCGAUAGAUGCGAGGCUGCCGAGGCUGAGCAAUAUGCCGUCGUGCGAGACGGCAAGAUUUCAACCUGGAUGGCUGGACUGGACCAGCAUAAACAACUUGACCCCUUCGAACCUUCUGACCGCGGCACGAUUUUAUCCUGA